GGAAGUCGUUCAUCAACACUCAUUUGGCACUUGGUUAGGCACUAAUCUACAACGCUGCCAGACAAAUUUCAUGCUAUUUGGUCGAUUUGGUGUGGUGCUUUGGGACUACACGAUCACAAUUGAGGAUUUGAAACAUUAUCAUAGCGGAAACAGUCCAGUGUCUCCAAAGGAUUGUGUAGAUUUGUGAGUUGGCCAUUGUUUUUGUCUAAACCCAUUACAUGUCCUUUCGGCAAAGAGGUGAUCCACCACAAUGGACAUCCUGCCUGCUCACACUCUGUCUGAUUUGUGAUUGAUUCUGAAUAAGUUGUUGGAAAGAAAUCGUUGUUCGUAUCAGUGUUGGAAAAGAUAUCAACAUGGCAGCACUGCCGAGUCGACAGAGGAUGCAAUGGGAAGAAAUCUGUGACGAUUUUGCGAAAGUCGCUGCCAUCGAGUUUUCACGAAAGUGUUAUCAAUUUGUUGCCGAUCACAUUGUUGACGAUGCCCCGACCUUUUUCGCAAAAACAUCAAAAAGGUUUGUCGACAGAUUUAGGCAAGACUAUGAAACCGAAUUGCAGAGAAUUAUGAACAGCGAGCGUCCAGUUUCACGCCAAACAGAGCAAGACGUUCCCUACCGUGAUAAAUCUCAAACAGACACCGGGGAAGGCAAAAGUCCUAAACAGAGUCGAGUUAGCAGAAAAUUUUCGAUGCGGUUGAGAAAUAUUUUCAAGAAGCAAGAGAAUAAGGAGAAUAUAGAGCCUUCAGCGCAAUCAAAUGGUGAUCACGAUGUUGGCGUACUCGUGGACAUAUCUCCUGAGAAAGAAACCAUGUCAUCAACAGGAAACGACAAGACAGGAAGUGGACACGAUAUCAUAAAAGAAGGAUUUCUCCACGAACUGAUCAACAUUGAGAGAAAUGGCGACGUGGAACUAACUUGGCAAAAAUGCAGGCUGGUUUUAGCAAGAGCACCCGGUGGAUAUAUGCUAGAGUUCUACAUACCCCCAAAGGCAUCCAAACCCAGGACUGGUGUGUUCUGCUUCCUCCUGCAUGAAGCCAGGCAGGCAACUGAACUGGAAAUGCCAGAUGCAGAUAAUGUGUUUAUGGUCAAGGCCAUCAACAACAAAGAAUACAUGAUUGCUGCAGAAGACAAAGAAGACAUGAAUCAGUGGUUGGACAUAAUUCACAGAUGCAUGGAAGAGGAUACCUCAGCACCAAGCACUCCGAACCCCAUGAACACAGCCACAAACUUUAUAUUCGAUAGCCAGGGUCAGCACGUUCUACUUCAGUUUGAAGAUGAUGAAAAGAGUGGACCGGGGGGUAAUCGAUCCAAAGUAAAUCAGAUACGACUGAGCCGUCGAAAAGUUUCAGAGCCGGCCAUGUCUCCAAGCAGAGAAGACCAAGAUGCAUUUAUGGUUGUGGCACCUCCACCUGAAGUCCCGCCUCGUCCUGAGCAGAUGCCAACAACCUACAGCGGGGAUAAAUCAAAACUGGAGGACGGCUCAAGAAAACGAGAGACAACAGGCAGUGAGUGGUGCUCAUUGGCUGGUGCAAACCACCCCCUGGCCUCAUAUCCAUGGUUCCAUGGAACACUGAGUAGAGUGAUGGCUUCAAUACUUGUGUUACACGGGGGUCAACAGUGGCAUGGUGUUUUUCUCGUAAGGCAGAGUGAAACAAAACAGGGCGAAUAUGUGCUAACAUUCAAUCUUCAAGGUCGUUCAAAGCACCUGCGUCUUGGCCUAAACUCCGAUGGUCAGUGCCGUGUACAGCAUCUCUGGUUCACUAGUAUUUUCGAUAUGCUCGAAAACUUCCGGAGCAACCCGAUCCCCCUGGAAAAUGGAGGUCCUUCUGACGUCACGCUCACAAACUUUGUCAUCGCAGAGGAACCGCCCCAAGGCCGCUCUGAAAGCAGCUCAAACAACGCAAGCGUGUUCCGGCGGUCACAAAGCUAUACGCCUGGUGCCAUGAAUCGUGUAGCUGCCCAAACGAGAAUACAUAACGGGUCUGUAAGGCUGACAAGGCAGAACCUGGAUGCAGCAUUGCCUUCUCGGGCUGUCGACAACGCUUACUCCGUAGUCUAAAAAACGGUUGUCCUUCCUAAUCUGUUUGGUGUCCUUCAUAAAAGUGUAAAGAUGAAAGAAAUCCAUUCGCUAUCUGUUUCCUGCGUGAAGUACCGCCAGAAAACGUCCCUGAAGUGAUGAUGGAACCAAAAGUUUUUAGAGCCCGAGUACUUUUGGUCCAACUUCUAUAAUGAGAGUAUGUUUCGCCAUAUACUUUCCCACAAACGUCCCUUUUGGAUCUCUUUUCAUAGCUAUACUAGAUUGUAGAACACUUUCCUUGUUUUCUUUGAAUUUAGAGUUUGUUUCGUAAUUUUCUUAGAAUUUAGAGCUCUUUCCGUAUAAGAAUACCAGGUGAUGCAGAUGAGCAUACCGAUGGCCUACCGCUGCCUGUUAAACUAAGUCCUUGCCCUAUUCGCAUAAUAGACGAUCCCUAGUAUCCUAAGGUGUGCACAUUAUACAAUAUAUGAAAUUUGCAAGCCUGAGUUACCCGGCACCGGAUUGUUCUUUAUUUUGGGUUUAUUUGUUCUUUGCCAACACACAAUUGACGAUAACUUUGGAGCGAAAUUCACUUUGGAUUUAGUUCGAAACUAAAUAUUGCCAAUUUUACCACAAGAGUAGUUACUUUUACUCUAACCUGGCAAUGGAAACCCGUGUGAAGUAUUUUAGAUCGCCUAACAGCGUUGUGUAACUCAAUCCACUACCUGGAGUGAAAGCAGAUCCGGAGUGAAAGCGAAUCCGGAGUGAAAGCGAAUCCGGAGUGGAGGUGAGUCCGGAGUGCAAGAGAAUUCGGAGUGGAAGCGAAUCCGGAAUAAGCGAAUUCGGACUGAAAGCGAAUCCAGAGUGAAACCGAAUCCGGAGUGAAAACAAGUCCGGAAUGAGACGAAUCCGUAGUGAAAGCAAACCUGGAGUGACAGCAAAUCCGAAGUGAGAGCAAAUCCAGAUUAAAAUAAAAGCAAAUCCGAAGUGAACCUAAGCCGACACACACCAUGUGCCUUAGGCCACAAUUUAAAGGUAUUUACUAAUGAAGAUCAUAGGUGUAUGUAAGACGAACUGAAAAUUCCAUAAAGAUAUUUCUUUUAGAAUCUUUAUAGUUGAAAAAUGGAGCUGAAAGAGCAUUUUGUUAAAGUACCAAAUUUGAACAAAAGCCGUCGAAUCUAUCCAAAUUUACCUUUCCUGGUUUAGGAAACAUAGAAAAAUAUAUCUAUUCUAACCUUUUCCGUUAGUUAGAAACCUUAAUGCGAAAUAGGCUGAGAGGUAUAAAAGGCUCUUAAUAUAUUAUCUUCAAGAAAUUUUCCACGUUGGCUUCCUUUUCUCAUUCACAAUGGUUCGUUUCCACUUUCAUUGUUACAUAUUUAUUUAUUUUCAAAUUAUAAUGUUUAUUUGUUAUAAAUGAAAAGUGGCAGUUUUUAUAACCAUGAAAUCUAACGAA